ACCCUGGCUCCACCCCUUCCCUUGUUCACAAAGCAAGCUUUUAAAGGGAAGGCUGUCUUCGUUGAAUGACUGCCACAGUACGAUGUGGGGCUUCUGGCUGCUCCUCUUCUGGGGCUGCAGUGGCGUACACAGAUGGGGGAUGACCACACUCCCCACACUGGGACAAAGUCUUGGAGGGGUGAAUGAGUGUGAAGACACAACCACGUGCCCAGCUUACGCCACUUGCACUGACACUGCGUACAGUUAUUACUGUACCUGUAAACAAGGCUUCCAGUCUAGCAAUGGACAAAUCCACUUUGAGGGCCCAGGAGUGCUGUGUCAAGAUAUAAAUGAAUGUCUUCAAAGCCACUCACCCUGUGGUCCUAACUCAGUCUGCAAGAAUCUCCCUGGGCGAGCCCAGUGCAGCUGUCUUAGUGGCUUCUUUCCUUCCACCGGGCCUAACCAGACCUGGAUCCUGGGAAGUCCACGUCAAUUUCUCUGCACAGAUGUGGAUGAGUGCUCCAGGAACUCAACUAUUUGUGGUCCCACCUUGAUUUGCAUCAAUACCCUGGGGUCCUACAACUGCUUCUGUCCAUCUGGAUUCUCUUUGUCUACUUCCCAGGUCUCUGGUCAUCCAGCAGAUAAUCAGUGUACAGAUAUUGAUGAAUGUGAUGCCACAUGCCCUUCCAACUCGUCAUGUACUAACACUCCUGGGAGCUACUUCUGCACUUGCCACCCUGGCUUUGCACCGAGCAACGGACAGGUGAAUUUCACAGACCCAGAAGUGACAUGUGAAGAUAUUGAUGAGUGCAUCCAAGAUCCAUCACCAUGUGGACGAAAUUCUGUCUGCACCAAUGUUCUGGGCUCCUACAUUUGCAGCUGCCUUCCCAGCUUCCAACCAGAGCCAGAAGGCUCCCAGGCACAUGGCAACUUUAGCUGCAAAAGGAUUCCCUUCAAGUGUAAGGAAGACUUGAUAACCAACAGCGAACAGAUACAGCAGUGCCAAGCAGGGAAUGCCAGGGAUUUUGACUAUGCCUCCUUUUGCACACUUGUGAACGCCACCUUCAGCAUCCUGGAUAACACCUGUGGGAACAAAAGUGCCCCAGUGUCCCUGCAGAAAGCAGCUAGGAGCAUUUCCCUGGUACUGGAGCAAGCACCCCAGUGGACUGAGCUCAGCCAAGAGGAGACAUCUGCCCUGGGCACCAUCUUGCUGGAGACUGUGGAAAGCACCAUGUUAGCUACCCUUCUGACACCCUCAGUGAAUGUCAGCCAGACCAUUGAGACGGAGUACCUAGACAUUGAAAGCAAAGUUAUCAAUGAAGACUGCAAUGAGAUGAAUGUGUCCUUUAUCUUGAAAGCCAGAGGCGAUGAGAUGAAUGUUGGCUGUUCCAUCAUCAAGGAAUCAGAAUCCACAGGGACCCCGGGAGUGGCUUUUGUCUCCUUUGCACACAUGGCCUCGGUUUUAAAUGAGCGCUUCUUUGAAGAUGGUCAGACCUCCUGGAAGCUGAAGAUGAAUUCCCGUGUUGUUGGUGGCAUCAUGACUGGGGAGAAGAAGGAGGGCUUCUCCAAGACUGUUGUCUACACCCUCCAGCACAUCCAGCCAAAGCAGAAGUAUGAGAGGCCCAUAUGUGUCUCUUGGAACCCUAAUGUGGAGGACGGGAGAUGGACACGCUCAGGCUGUAAGAUCACGAAAGCAUCUGAGACAUACACAGAGUGCAGCUGUAACCGAAUGGCAAACUUGGCCAUCAUCAUGGCUUCUGGGGAGCUCACAAUGGAAUUCUCCUUGUACAUCAUCAGCCAUGUGGGAACAGUCAUCUCCCUGGUGUGCCUUGCCUUGGCCAUAGCCACCUUCCUGCUAUGUCGUGCUGUUCGUAACCAGAACACCUACAUGCACCUGCACCUCUGUGUGUGUCUCUUCUUGGCCAAGUUCCUCUUCCUCGUGGGUGUAGACAAGACGGACAACCAGACAGCCUGUGCCAUCAUCGCGGGAUUCCUACAGUAUCUUUUCCUUGCCUGCUUCUUUUGGAUGCUGGUGGAGGCUGUGAUGCUCUUCCUGACAGUGAGAAACCUGAAGGUGGUGAAUUAUUUCAGCUCUCGAAACAUCAAGAUGCUUCACCUCUGUGCCUUUGGCUAUGGGCUCCCAGUCCUGGUGGUUGUGAUCUCUGCCAGUGUACAGCCACAAGGCUACGGGACACAUAAUCUCUGCUGGCUGAAUACAGAGACUGGGUUCAUCUGGAGUUUCCUGGGGCCAGUCUGUACGAUCAUCACGAUCAACUCCAUCCUUCUCACCUGGACACUGUGGGUGCUGAGGCAGAAGCUUUGCAGUGUCAGCUCAGACGUCUCGAAACUCAAGGACACCAGGUUGCUGACCUUCAAGGCCAUUGCCCAGAUCUUCAUCUUGGGUUGCUCCUGGGUGCUGGGCAUUUUCCAGAUUGGCUCCAUAGCAAACAUCAUGGCAUACCUGUUCACCAUUGUCAACAGCCUGCAGGGUGCCUUCAUCUUUCUCAUUCACUGUCUGCUCAAUCACCAGGUACGGGAUGCAUAUAGGAAAGUCAUCAUCAGGAAGACUGAACCCAGCUCCCACUCCCAGACUUCAGGGAUUUUACUGACAUCUAUGCAAUCCAAUUCCAAGAUGGGUUAGCAUUAUUUCUUGCUUUAAAAUAUACUAUGGAGCAACGUUUUGAGGAUUGUAAGUGUUUUCAGGAGCCUACUUUUAGUCAUUCUCUGGCUUAUGGAAAUUCAAGAUCUCAGGAAUAGGGGAACUUUCUUGUAAACUCAAAGCAUGGAUGGAUGGGACCAAAUUCCAAGGGUUUCACACAGCAAGGAGAAAUGAGUUAUUGCUCAAAAUAAGUUUUUCUUUUGUGCUGUACAACUGUGAGGCCACACAUAUUUUGAAAAUAGCACGUCCUACUAUAGUGGCGCAGGUGUUACCAUUUUCCUGUCUCCUAUGUCCUUUUGUUGUGGGGCUACAGGUAUUCUCAUCUUAACAUCUAUCAUGUAUUGGACAUAGAAGAGCUCUCAAUAAACAAUUUGUUAUCUUUCUGA